AUGAAGCUGCGCAGUAUGGUGGGCCAGCUGCCGAAAAAGAUUCGCAGUCCAGGGAUGGCUCCUGCUCGGGAAAGUUAUGGGUGCCCCUCCCAUCAACCGCCCGAGGAAACAGAUCUGCUGCUGAAGCAGAAGUUACAGAGAUGGUUCUCAGGUGACCAGUCGCAGCUGCCCUACGCCGCGCGCCUGCGCGGCUUGGCAGGAAAGGCGCGAAAGUCGGAGGUCUGUCGAGCUCGCCUCUGCCACUUUGAGCGCUUUUGGCAUCGCCCGGGCAUGGAGGCCUUGGAACCCGACGAGGUGCAACGGCCCGCCGUGAACGCCGCAGCCAACGCAUGGCUGCCUGGCGCCAGAAGGGAACAGAAGGGGGCACCGCGACUUCUUUCCGAUGCGCGGAGUGUCGCUCCUCUGGCGCCGGGUGCGGCGGUGCGGGUGAAACUUCGAGGCGUUGGUUCAGAUGACCUUGGCAUUUGCGAGUUCUACGAGCCGCAGAGCGGCUUGUGGCACGUGCGCUUUUGCGACGGCUUGCAGCGUUUGGCGCCGCAGCAGUUGAUUCGCUUAGGUGGCAACGAAGAGGGUGAUGCCAUCGAUGGCGAAGAGCUCUCGCAACAGGAACUGCAGCAACUGACCGAGGAGCCGCCAAUGAAGCGAGCAAGAACUCGGUGUCAGCUGGUCUUCGAUUUCAAAAGACAGCCGAGGGAUCUGCAGGAAGCAGUGAUGAUGCGUGGCGAUUUGGGUCUUGUUCACGUAUGGAGCAUUGGAGCAUGGAUCGAAUUCAAAGAUUCCCCAACUCAAAAAUUGUACAGAUUUGGAUGCUACGGUGUCAGUAACCUUGGUAUAUACAAUUUUGGAGUGUCCAGAGAUACCCAUUUCAUCUCAGUGUACAAACUUGCAGCCAACGUCACAUCUGACAGAUGCGCCCGAGAUGUGUCGGACAGCA